AUGACGCGCCCAGGACUUCUGAAACCGGCUGUGCAGCCGUCCCCGCUCCAGUCUCUCGUCGCCGACUCCAAUCUGCUAUCGAAGCAGUCGCACCUGCCGAGUUUGCACUCGCUCGCUCUCCAGCUCCAGCACAACCUCCAAUACCAGCACUCCUGGACCGACCUCCACGUCCAUACCCACUCUCCCGUCACCAACGAACCCCUCCCGCGGCCGCUGCUCUCCGGCCUGCCGCCGCAGAGGCUCUAUAUCCAUCCCGACGAGCAGAUCGAGCUGCUGAAGAACGCCGACCGCGAGCGAAAAGCGAGAAAGGCAGGAGACAAGGACACCCUGGAGGUGAAGGCAGAGCCGGAGCGGGAAUGGGUUCUACCCACCAGGCUGAGCGAGAAAUGGACGCUCCACCGGCUGGCUGACGUCUUCAACGGCAUCAGCAAGAUUCCUCCAGAGCAUGCAUCUUCAGGCGCAGAAGAGGAGCGCGCAGUCAAUCCAUGGAGAACGAAGAAAAGAGUGGUCCUGGCUACUGUCGACACGGACAGCACCGUCGUCUACUACAUUGUUCACGAUGGCGUUGUGAAACCGCGACAGAACUAG